GACACUUCCCUCUUCAACCAAUCAGAUUGCUGUUUACAAAGUCACUCGUUUGUAGGUGAAUGUUUCACGCAAGUAAAGACUGAAGAGAGAGAGAGAUAGCCAUCAAGCAUGGCAUCUCUAUCACAGAGAUUUUUCUCACAUUCCGCUACCUGUGGAAAACUAGCUAGGACAUUCAGCACGUCAUCCCACUUGUCAAAAAAUCUAAGAGCUGGUAAAAUUCAUAAUCCUAAGAAUUUUCCUGUGUCAUAUGAAGUUACAUGGCCUCCUGAUGCGAUUGGAGUUAAAAAAGCUUGGAAUAGUUGGGAUACAACUAAUCUACAUGGAGAGAAGGGAUCACCAAGUGUAAUAUUUGAAGAUAUAUUUAUUCGAAAAUUCUUGGAAGGAACUUUCCCUACCAUGUACCAAGAAACGACUCCAAUAGUAAUACGGAGAAGGCAAAAUCUGAUUGACAUUAGCAUUUGGAUGAAAGAGAGUCCCGUUACAAAGGGUAUUGUGGAAAAAGGAAUUCCCAGAUUACACUUCUUACAUGGCUACAGUGAAGAGUUGUUAUCCCGAUUCUUGAAAUGUCCCGUGAAGCUUGACAUACAUUGUGUAGAUUUCGAUAAGGUGGACAAGGACACAAAAUUUUAGUUACCUGGUAUUUGGUAUUCAUGUUGAAUCCUUUUAUGUCUUAUUUUGUAUUUGAAAUAUGUGAAAUAAAAAGAAAAAGGAUUAACAAUAGUAA